GACUCACUGUCAUUUUAACUUCCUUCCUGCCUUUUGUACAUUAAACAAACAUACGGCUCUGACGCGAGGUGUCGAACAGCUCGUGUGAUACACAGUAACACAGCUACAUUGAUUUAUAUUGGCGAAAGAACUCUUGGAAUGUAACAGCAGCGGAGCAGCUCAAGUUAUUAUUCUGCUACGUCUUCCGAAUUCACGAAACCGCGCUUCAGCGACAAUUAAACAACAGCGUCUGCAACAAGGAGACUUGUAGCACCCUGCUAAAGCAUGAACCAGUAGUGGAUAUAAUAUGUGAAUGAGGAAAGGAGUCUGGGAUUGUAUUUUAUUCUAAGUGUCAGCUUUCCUUGAUUCCUCCUAACAAUGGUUGGCUCCAAAGGGCAGUGGACUUUGGAUGAGUAGACCUAAAUGGGAGCAAAAACGGACAGAGUCAGCCUGCCACUAUGGCAGCUUAUGCUCUGAACAGCCUGAUAAUGAUGAACCCCAACAACCUGACCAAUAAGAGCAGCCCUCGGACAGGAAGACCUGUGCUCCCAGUGCCCAGUCGUUCUACAUUUAGCCCGGUGCUGGGGGGCAGCGGAGGUCCCUUUAGCCCCGGCAGCCUGAGCCCUGGGUCACCAGGAAAAUCCUUCGUCUUCCCAACAGCUACCAGUUCCAGUUGCCAAAGGGCGCUUUCACCAUGUCGACGGCCGGAAUCGCUGGGUGUGCAUGUGGGAAAUCGUGUGCGAAGAUUGAGCGGGUCCGGCUUGGAGGAAGAACAGGAGAACGAAGAACGACGUGCUGCUCAGCAACUAGAGCGCCACAAGGAACUGCAGAACGUGGAGGUGAACAAGAAGGUGGACCUGUUUGAAGCCCAAAUAUCGGCUCAGACUCACAGCCGAGAGGCUCAACGAAGCCCGCGGAUUUCCAGGAAAACUCCCCUGAAUUUUGUCCCUGUCCAACUUGCCAAUGUCUCCUUAAACCCAGAGGAAACACUUCUGAUGCAGAACAAGGAUCACUCAACGGGGAUCCCCAAAGAACUGCAAAAUGGAAAGCGCUUCUCCGGCAUGGAGGAGGGGCUGCAGGUCAGUGGUGAAGAGAAGAACGGGGCUGACCCAAAUACAGAAGAGGGCGGCCCAAUUGAGAGCACAUCAGCAGGAACUAAGAGCGAAGCUGACAGCUCUACCGACAACCACUCCAGGACUUCACCAGAGGCCAACAAGCGCUCAGCAUCUUGGACUGAGACAUGUUUAACAAAGGAGGGAGCUGAGCCAAAACAAACCCAGGCAGAGCCCGACGGGGUCAGUCCAGAGGUGGGCUCCAUCCCUGCUGUCAUUAUUACGGACCACGGCAUGGAUGUCAGUGGGGAGGGCAAGGAGCCCCAGGUUAGUCCUCAGCCUUACAGAGCCCUGAGGAAGCUCUCCUCUUCUUCUGCCUCAUCAACGGGAUUCUCCUCUUCCUGGGAGGAAUCAGAGGACGACAUUUCCAGCGACACAGAGCGGUCCCCAGCAUUCCUGCAGACACAACAGAAAGCGCAUAAAUCAUGGAAGAAGAUCAAGAACAUGGUGCACUGGUCACCAUUUGUGAUGUCCUUCAAGAAGAAAUACCCUUGGAUACAGUUGGCUGGUCAUGCAGGCAAUUUCAAGGCAGGGGCCAAUGGUCGCAUCCUAAAGAAACACUGUGAGUGUGAGCAGCAAUGUCUCGAUAGGCUGAUGAGAGAUGUGCUAAAGCCCUACGUUCCUGCUUACCACGGAGAUGUAGAAAAGGAUGGAGAGAGGUACAAUCAGAUGGAGGACUUGCUGGCAGACUUUGACCUACCCUGUGUCAUGGACUGCAAGAUGGGCAUCAGGACGUAUCUGGAAGAGGAGUUGACGAAAGCCAGGAAGAAGCCAAGCUUGAGAGCCGACAUGUACCAAAAGAUGAUUGAGGUGGACCCCGAUGCACCCACGGCACAGGAGCACGAACAGAAAGCAGUCACUAAGCCGCGCUACAUGCAGUGGAGGGAAACCAUCAGCUCCACCGCCACGCUAGGCUUCCGGAUCGAGGGAAUCAAGAAAGAGGACGGAACAGUAAACAGGGACUUUAAAAAGACUAAGACCCGAGAACAAGUGACUGAGGCCUUCCAAGACUUUGUCAAAGGAAACAAAAACAUCCUGCAUUCCUAUCUGAACCGACUAAGAGAGAUCAAGGACACUUUGGAAACUUCACCGUUUUUCAAAACGCACGAGGUGAUUGGCAGUUCCCUACUCUUUGUCCAUGACAAACAGGAGCAGGCAAAAGUGUGGAUGAUAGACUUUGGGAAGACUACUCCGUUGCCGGAGGGGCAGGAGCUGAGCCACAGGGCCACCUGGGUGGAGGGUAACAGAGAAGACGGCUACCUCUACGGCCUAGACCACCUCAUAGACAUUAUUUCCAAUAUGCUAAAUCCUAAACCUCCACUAGAGUAAGAGGAUUCCAUCUUCUCUCCCUCCUGCACUACAGUUCAAGACCUCGCUGGGUUCCCCUAAAGCUAUCCUAACCGAUCGCUCCGUCUCACCAAAACAUAAAACUUAAAACAAAAACGCCAGCCGCAAUGGCCUUUAAAAAAAGAGUGUGUAUGUUUGUAAACUUGUAGAUGCUGUACAUAUAGUGUAAAUGCCAGUGUUUUAGUUCAGAACAUGUGUGAAUAGGAUUUUUGCAGCUAGCGCUUUAACAGACAGGUGAAUUUUAAAGCCACACUCCCUUAAUGUGCGUUCUUUUCAACAUGCUAGUGUUACAGAAAAGAGUAAAGCACUUACAGCUAUGUUUUACUCUGUGAUUGUUUUAAUAUUUUGUUUUUAGAUGCUGCAGAAAAAUUUACAGUUUUAUUUUAUUUUACACCUAGACACCGUUUUUAUUUCAAACAAAAAUCUAAAUUUUUAAAACUAUAACAAUCAGAUUUGAGAUAUUUAUAUUUGCAGGAUUCUAACAACAUUGGUUGUUUUAUAGGUUUUUUUUACCCUGUUAACAAUGUAAGUAGUGUUAAAAUACAUUUAUACUGAGUGCCUUUAGUAGAACAAAUUCUCCCAUUUGGUGGAUGGUCUUAUGUUGUGAUUUCUAUUUAAAUUCUUCCUCUUGACAUUCCUUAAAUUCAAUUGCCAUUUUUGUGCCUAAGUAGGGCUGGGUAUCAACACAGAUUUUCCAACUGAUUAUGAUUCACAAAUUCUCGAUUCAAUUCAGAUUCCAAUUCACUUUGGUAAUAUUCAGCAUUUUGGUAAUACUGUCUAUUCUCUCUCUGCUAAUGCUGUAACAGAGUGUUUUUGACUAAUUUAAACUAGUAAUUUAUCUUUUGAGCUAUUCUACACUAGGCAUGCCACGUGUUUUUGAUUUACUAGAAAGAAACAACUCAUUUUGGGAAUCAAGCUAGAAGUUUGCGAUUGAUUUUUGAGUUCUAAUCAAACAAGAUUCUGUCUCGCUCCUGCUAAAAAUAUGAUCUGGCUGUACCAGUCACGUUAUGUGUUUUUGCUAAGUCACUAAGAUUCACUAAUGAGAUUAAGAUUCAUGAAUAAGAAAGACGUUUCCUGCCAGCAUUUUAAAGUACAUGGCCAUUUUUAUUGCAUCAUAUUAAAAACAGACAGCAAAUUCACUUUCUGAAGUGACACAUUGACAACUGUGAUAUUAAAAAUAGGACUUUUUCAAUGUCACUAAAGAUUCAGCGGCAUGGAGUAAAAUCGGAGUAAAGGCCCAUUCACACCAAGAAUGAUAACUAUAAUGAUCUGUUUAUCAUUCUGUUUACUUUAAGCAUGCGCUGCUGUUAGUUAUCUGCUGCUUUAAAUGGUCAAUCUCUUUAGAGCAAGAUAGAUUCUGAUUGGCUCUCAAAUGUUUUUAUCAUUCAUCAGCUGAAAAAAGUAGUUUUGAAAGUGAUUCUAACUUUCUGUGCCAUUAUCAUUACAGUUUUGCAGUGGACUCUGCUUUUCUUUUAAAUUUAUAACAAUUUUUAAUACUAUAUCUUUAUUGUUAUCCUUGAUUGUGACUAGGCAUUUCAGCGGAACACAGUGCCAUCUGUAGGAUGGGAAGAGCAGUGUAAUAUUAAGAAUUGUUCAAAUGAAGAUCGUGAGUAGCUAAUUGCAAAAUCUAUAUUUUUACCCAGCCCUAUGCCCAACCAGCCUAAAAUAAUAACUGAGUGCCAAGGUUUUUCUCAGGAAGUGGCUCCCAUUCAAGAAGACGAUAAAUCUGUCAUUACCGGCUUGUGGUAUGUUUUCAAGUUCCCUGUGAACACACAGUCUCGACUAAUUUUUGUCUUUGAAAAAUCAGUAAGAGCUGCAAACACCAACCUUGGAAUCGCUAUAUGUGACCAUGGACCACAAAACCAGUCUUAAGUGUCAAUUUUUCGAAAUUGAGAGUUACACAUCAUCUGAAAGCUGGAUAAAUAAGCUUUCCAUUGAUGUAUGGUUUGUUAGGAUCGGACAAUAUUUGGCCGAGAUACAACUAUUUGAACAUCUGGAAUCUGAGGGUGCAAAAAAAAUCUAAAUAUUGAGAAAAUCACCUUUAAAGUUGUACAAAUGAAGUUCUUAGCAAUGCAUAUUACUAAUCAAAAAUUAAGUUUUGAUACAUUUACGGUAAGAAAUUUACAAAAUAUCUUCACGGAACAUAAUCUUUACUUAAUAUGCUAAUGAUUUUUGGCAUAAAAGAAAAAUUUAUAAUUUUGACCCAUACAAUGUAUUUUUGGCUAUUGCUACAAAUAUACCCCAGCGACUUAAGACUGGUUUUGUGGUCCAGGGUCACAUAUUGACCUUGUAUAUUUGGUUCAAAUUAGAACUAUUCUACAAGGUAAAAUAGCAUUUUUAAAAAUACAGACUGUCACCUUAACUUGCACAUCUGUUGACCAAAAAUUUCAACCAUUCCACGCAAGUUCAAACAAUGUGACUAGUCACGAGAGCUUUAAGUAAUGUUGUUCUUCCUUUGAAAAGUGCCUGAAGGUCCCGCUCGAUGCAGUGCCUCCGAAUGCUGACUCGCCACUCUUCAGAGUGCAUCAUGUUUGAGAGAGGUGAUUGUUGUUUGCAUGAGUAUUUGCCAUGCAAAUGAACCAUCCCUGCAUACCCCCAAACAAUGAGAUAAUGCUCCAAGCAAAAUAUCGCUGGAGAUAAAAACUAAUUUGUUGGUCAGUAUGGAAACCAUGUGCUGACACCAGCAUAAACGCAAUCAGUGAUUAGUGGUUGUUGAUUUAGCCCGGGGCGAGGAACACCUAGGGCAGACCUACACGUCGGGACGUCAACCCGACGCACUCCAGUCACACAGUAACGGCAGAGCGGUUAUCGAGAGGCCUCCAACCAAAUGUCAACACGUGUUUUUACCCAUCAUUUAUUUAUGACGAGAUUUUGCUGUCGUUAAAUGACCUUUUACGAAUGCAAAAGGAACAGAGAGGACAAAAGGUUAAAGGGUGGUGUGGAAACAUUUCUCAAAUCCCUGUCCCACAGCCACAGUUCCCCCAAACAUGCUUAAAAUGGGUAGGAAAAAUGAAAUGGGUCAAAUCAUAGCUGCUGUAAGUGAUUUUUAAUAGGCCUAACACACACAAACUGUCCUCGCUACCUGACUACGGGAGAAAUAAUACUUCUUUUCUGGUCCUGUAAUCAGCCACAAAAUUGCUGCUGGUUAGCCAAGAGAGAGAAAAAUGUCUUAUUAUAUGAAAAAAUUACAGCCCUAAAAAUGUGACACAUAUAAAACAUACUAAAUAAUACAAUGAAACACUUGCUAGGAAAAAUAACACUUCUCUCUUCUGGCAGAAAUUUGCUGUUUUUCAGCCAAGAGAGAAAAAUAUCUCUAAUAUUUUUCACACACGGCUACUUUCGAGAAACACAGUUCUUGCCAUAAAAGAAAAAGGAGACUUGUUUGGAAACCAAAAAAUAUUUUUGCUUUUAGAGGCAUAAAUACAAUUGCUUACAGCAGCUUCAAUCAGGUCUAAGAGGUUUCGGGUUUAUUUAUUCUCCCAAAAUUACAUUUUUUUCCAAAGUAAAUCUUAAAGCCAGAUGUACUUUCUCCCUACACAAGCUUAAAAAUUUAAGUAGGGCUCCCCCUGCUGUUUAUGGUGCUGUAUUACAGAGAACAAACUAAACUGACCAAGUCCUUCUUCUUGCCCUUGAUGUUUUACAUUUCAUGCCAUAUUUGUGAGAGGUCAAAAACUGUGGGAAUUUCUAGUGGUGUCAUACGCAUACUUAUAUUUAUAUUUUGUUACAUUUUGCACAAGAACACUAAAUGUAGCUGCAUUGUUUUUUCUUCUCUUGUUUGUUUGGCUUUACCUCCCAUAUCUUGGUGAUAUAGUGGUUCACUGUAAUGUAAGCUAAGCUAAGCUCAUUGCUGUGUAAAAACAAUGUCUUCAGAGUGUGCUCUGUCUCUUUAAGAAAAUAAAUCUCUGAAACCAGUGA